CGGCACUCAGCCGUCGUGCGUGUGGUCCAACACGAAUCCGCUUCACCAAAGACUCGUCCCUCUCCCCAUCACCAGCGUUCAACGACCCAGUUACGAAUGUUACGAAUGCGGCCCGCCACUCUUUAACACAUACAGGGCAAUGGCUCCCUCGAAGGCACGCGCCGCCCCAGACGACUCGAGGUCUGAGGCAUCUAGCACUAGAGAGAGACAUGGAGGUUCAGGCCAUACUACUACGAACACCAAGGGCCGACGAGGUGGGACCGGUGCUGCCUCCAGCUCUUUACGAGAUGUGACAACAGCUGGCUCAGUAGCGGCGGGCGUAACGUCUGCCCCGAAUGGAGCUGCCCAGGAAGCCAAUGUGGGGAUGCAGUGGUCGACUCUAGACCCAGAAAUUCUGCAAGCAUAUAGCCACGCCUAUCAACUGAACACUCCUCCGGCGUUUAUCAGCGAUUACAAUCAACUCAUGCUUACGGGACCCGGCAUCGGUCGCUUUUCACCCACCAUGGCGCGACGCAGAGAAAAGCACAGGCAGAGCAAGGACCAGCUGUCAAAUACCGUUCGCAAACACUUCAAUGGCUUGGGUAUACAAGAGAAUGAGGCCAUUGUUGAGUUCCUAUACAAAGUGAAGUGGCAGGACAAAAACUUUCGCAUGCGAUUUGCGCCGAACAAACCACGAUGAACAAGGCGAUCCCGCGAAUACCCAAUUAGGCUCCCCAUUGGUUUUACACUGCGUGUACACUAGAAUAUACUUUGGAAGGAGGCUGCGAAUUCGCAGCGGCGCCCUUGGAAUUGGUGCUGCCAAAUGGCGUCUGGUGUUGUGAUAAGCUUGGUUGUCAUGGGACAAUACUGGCUGUACAUUCUAUACUUUUUUAAACACACUUAAGUAGUAAACAAUAGUAUUAAGUAAACAAUAGUAUUACACUUGACAUGA